AGGCGGGAGGGGAGGGGGGGCGAAAGAAGAAUCGUCUUAAAAAUGGCGUCUUGUGAAGAAAAAGAGGCCAAAAUAGCUUUGGUGUGGAGUGGGGUUGUGAGGAACAUACGCGGAGCUGUGCGCUGGAGACAAUAGACAGUGAAAUAUAUGGGGAGGAGGUGCUCCUGGCUGCUGUGAUCCCCUCCUCCUCCUCCUCCUCCACUCGCUCCUUCUCCUCCUCCCUCCAUUCCUCCCAGUCUACAGGCUCGUCAGGCAGAGACAUAAACAGAAGCGAGCACAGAGAGAAGGAAGAAGAGAGGACAUUCCUCCCUUCUCUCUCUCUCUUUCUCUCUCUCUCUCUCUCUCUCUCCUCCCCCCCACCUCCACCCCCACCCCACCCGCACUAUCUGCUGCCCAUCUUCAUCCAGGCAGUCCACUCUUUUUCUUUUUCAUGGAGAGGAAUUAUCCCGCAGCUGGCUUUGGAGAUCUCGGCUCUGGGACGGGAUGGAGUUACGACAGAUCGGCCAAAGCGAGCCUCAUGUACGGGAGUGCGAGGUCAUCCCACACUGACUCAGAGCUGCUCCACCGGCAAGCCUAUGGUACCCCUCACCCACUCCAGGGCUAUGCAACCAACCACCACCCAGGAGGCUCCAGACAGGGUGGGGCCUGGGGUGGACGUACACUAGGCCUGUCAGGGCUGUUUGAUGCCAGUCUCCACCACUCAGGCCCCUCGGGUCCUGAUCCAUCCGUCAUGAAUCUGAUUUCAGCUUUGGAUUCCCGUGGUCCACAGCCCCCACCCUCUGCUUCUUCCCUCCUCACACAGUUUCGCCCUCCCUCUUGGCAGUCUGCAAUGCACACACCGGCCCCAACAGAGCUCUUCAUUUCAGGAGCUCUUCCGGGUUCCAGCUCCUUCCCUUCCUCCUCAGCCCUUUCUGCGUACCAGCAUCCUGGCUCCUUCUCCGGACACUCCUUCACUCCUUCACUAUCCCUCCAGGACACACCCACCUUUAGCCCAACUUCCAAUGGUUUGUUGUCCCCCCAUGAUCCCUUGCUGCACAUUAAAACGCCUUCCCAGUCUAGCUUGGGAUUUGAUCGGUUGCUCUCUUCCCAAAGUAGCGCCUACCGCAGCUCCCAGGAGCUACCACCACCUCCUCAAAACCAUGCCCCGCCCACCUCCUCCAGUUGCCACCUGCCCCCUCCUCAGUUUAACCUGCUGUCCUCCCAACUCCACAACCAGUCCUCUCAGCUCUAUAAUGCCUCCAUGUUCUCCUCCACACCAGCCCUGAUACCCACAACCCCUCCUCAGUCACUUCCUUCACAGGAGAGGGCAAUUCCCAGGCAGGAUACCGUUAUUAAGCAUUACCAACGUUCGUCCCCAGUCAAUUCCACAACACUUUCACUACAACAAUAUAUCAAUUGCGGUGGGUCCGUGGGCUACCAGCAAAUACCAAGCCAACACCGUCAUGCUGGUGUGUCCUGUAGUCCCUUAGGAGAGCAGAGUCCACCCUCAGAUCCCAAACCUAUACCACAGUCAGAGUCACAGACAUAUCGACCUAAUAUACAAACACCCUACACUUCUUCUUCCUCCACCUCGGCCUCCUCCUCAUCUGGUACUAAAGAAACCAAGAGCUCCACUUGUGGCUACUCUUCAUCAAACUCAGCAUCAUCAUCUUCUCGAACCUCACACACGCCACCAUCAGCCUCGUCAAACUCCUCUUCAUCAUCUUCAAACCCAAAGGCCAGCACUGGAACCUUGUCAGCUCCCUCUCGUCAGCAGCCCCCACCUCAGUCAGCACCAGUACCACCUCCUUUACCAGUGGUGUCAUCAGCCCAGUCAACGCCUAAACCAUGCCUCUCUACAUAUGGUUCUCCACCUGGAGCUAAAUCUAGCACAAGCCUACCAGGGCUGACCCCUCCCCAGCAACAAGCCCAGUCAUACUCGCCUCACCAGCCAGCAUCAACUCACAUGACUCAGUCUUGUGGUGGCUUUAGUUCCCCUAAUACACGCGACAUUAACUCUGGAUCGAGGGGGAAUGGAGGGAAGGCUUUCACUGAUUUAGGCUCAGGUGGACGCUCAUUCUCAGCAGAAAUUGUAUUUGAGGACUCAAACUUUAGUUCAGCUUCUCAAAGAAGAGCAGAGAGUCCUUCUUUAGGGUAUGGGAAUACUGCAGGAUCAACAGGAAGUGGGUCAUCAGGAGUUGCCACACUUGACACCGGACUUGGAUCAGCAGGUUCAGGAAGUGGGGUUGCCAGUGUUGGCAGUGGAGGCAGCAGUUCAUACCACUUGAAUGAGUCUAGUCCCUCACCUUCUGUCAGUUCUACUGCCGUCCACUCUGGGUUGCACUCUCCUGCUUCUGUGCGACCCGCACAAUCCCCUGGAGGCUCAGGGGCCAGCAAAUAUCAUAAUACCUCCAUGCUCUCACCCACAUUUAUAGCAUCAUCACAAGGUUUCACUGAAACACGACAACCGUCCUACCACUCAACUCCACCCAAACCAAAAACACAAACCAAAACGCUUGGGAUUGAGCACUCUCAAGAGGAGGAAGAAGAUGAUGAUUUCCUCAUCCAGCAAUUACUACGUACACAAAGUUCAACUUCUCAUUCUGCCCAGCAUCAUCAAUCUUCUCUGCAGAUACCACAACAGCUCCCACUAACGGAAGAUAAAGAAGCCAAGGUAGUGACUUAUGACAUGAACAAGAUCUCAGAGGAGCGUUACCACCUUCACAGUGUAAUUCGUACAAAUAGCACUACUAGCAGUUCAGACCCUGAAACAUCUAUUAGUGAAGUAACAAGUGGGUUGAAUAGUCAAUUAGAAAUAUCACAGAAGAAGCAACAGCAGACUAAGACUGAGUUGACAAUGUCGAAAUCCACUAGUGAAGGUGUAGGAGGGGUCACAGACUCUCUUUCACAUACUAACCACUCACAUCAAUCAGAACACGACUCCCUGGUUUCUGUGGGUCAUUAUGGAAGAGGGGACCCCUACACACAGCACCCACAUUCUCAACAUUCCCACCAUAUCGCACACCUGUCACCCCAUUCUCAACAACAAUGUCAGCAAUCCCAACUCUCUCAGCACACACAGCCCUCCCAUCAUUCUCAGCAAAAUAAUCCUCAUCCACAGCAUCCUCACAUGGAGCUAAAAAAGUCUUCAGAUAGAACAGAUAGUUCCUACUUGUGCAAUACAACAGAUGUGCAGCAGGCAAGACAAAAUCAGGUUUCGCACCAGAUGAUGAAUUCGCCACCAGACUGUCCUCAGCAAACUCAGAUGCUGCAUUCUGUCAUGUCUCGGACUAAAAUGGACGCCCAGCAAGCACCACAGCAACAUCCUUUGAGCCAGCAAGGUAUCAUGGGGUCAUCUAGAGGAGCAGGGCUGACAGGGGUGGAUUCCCAUACACAGAGUCAGUCCUCACAGCUGGAACUCCAGUUACAGAAUCAGAGUUUGGAUACACACUAUAGCCUUGGAGCACCAAGAGAUCAAAGCCAAAUAAGCCAGAAUUCAGUGUCCACUCUAGAUAUGUUGGACCAACCUCUUUCACAGCCAAGGAGAAGAGAUAGUGGAGGAGCGCUCGAUAGACAUGGCAUCAGGAUUGGUGCUAAUAUUACAGAAGGUGAUUGUGUUGUUGGAGAAAGACAUAGACAACAGCACAAUCUGUCAUCCCACCACCAUCCCCAACGAACAGCCCCAGAGCUUCAUGGCUUUCUUUCUGAACCAGAUAUGGGUUUACCAACCACCUCUCACUUGCACCACGUCAACCAAUCACAGAGCCAUGCCCACCACCAACAGCGAGCACACAGUCACCAUCAACUUUCCCACUCCCAUUUAGCUCAUCCACAGUCACAGGAAAUGAUGGCAGGAAAUAUAGGAACCCCCCAACAACUGCAACAGUCCCAACCAAGAGAGACAGAAAAGCAUCUGUCACACACCCAGCUAGACCGACUUAAGCCACAUCAGUUUGACACUGUUAGCCCAGGUGGAAAAACAAGACUGCAUCAAAAUCAGCAACAGGAGCACUUUACAUCUUUAACAUCUAUUUGCUUUUCAGACUCUCUCUUAAAUGAUGAAGACCGGUCUUUCUUUCCAGGAAUGGAUGACAUAUUUUGUUCAGCAAAUUAUAAGUCUAGUUGUGUCAGGGAUUCUGCCACUGGACAGGCUGCCCAAGAGAACAUUACCCAAGGUCGUAGGCAAGAGGGCAUGGACAUCCUAAAAAGUGGUGGUGCUGGACAACGUUAUGGUCUGGUUAGUCAUCAUGGAGAUCAAGGUUAUGAACAAUAUUGCCACAGUUUCUCUGCAUCAGGAAAUACAAAUCUGAAUUUAGAUAUUGAUUCUAUGAAGACACAUGAUCUGCCCUCAACUGUAAAUACUGAUCAACUUGGCCUCAUACAAUCCCAGACCCCUGCUAUGGGAUUGAAUCCUGCGCCUCAAGACUCGGUCAACAAAAUGACAGGAUCUGUGGGAGUUGGUGGAGGUUCAAGUAGUACUGGUAUGACCUCAGCGAUCUUUUGUUCAUCUCGACCCAAAAAACUGCUGAAGACCAGCUCAUUUCACUUGCUUAAACAGCGACGUGAGCCACAACCUCUAACAAAGAAAAAUUAUGCACAAGAAUAUGAAUUUGAAGAUGAUGAAGAAAAAGAUGAUGGUCCAGCUGAUAUACGUCUAAACAGUCGACGCCUUCCUGACCUAAUCCCUGACUUGGUUUCUAGCUGUCGAAAGUCCAGUGUGGCAUCAGGAGUUAGUGGGCUCAGUCCACUGAUGGGUGACAUGGACUUCUGCUAUUCUUCCCUUGGACAUUCUCAACCACUCCUCCCCCAGGAUGGGCCAAAGAAAAGAGGGAGGAAACCAACAAAACCAAAACGUGAAGGCCCUCCUCGCCCUCGAGGUAGACCACGGAUACGCCCUCUUCCAGAGCCUUCUUACUGCCGAGGCCUGAUGGGAUCAGCAGCUGGGGAAAGUAAAAGGGGUCGCGGCAGGGGUAGAGGUCGAGGUAAGAGAGAGGAAGGGCUCAUGGAGAGUCAUCAAGAUGUAAACAAAGCACACAACCUCCCAUAUCAGCAGCAGCAGCAGCAGCAGCAACAGCAACAUGUCAGCCAACCGCAGCAUCUCCAACAGCAUCCACAUGAACACCACAGACAACGGUUAGACCAACAUCAGAUAUCACAACAGGAACAAGGACAUCUCUUGCAUCAUCAUGUGCCCUCCUCUCACCACCAAAUGCAUCACCAACAACAGCAACAUGAUUACCAACGACAUAUGCAGAUACCAGCCCAACAUCUGCAACAAGAUUCGGGCAGCCCCAUCAAGGUCACACUACCGGUUUCUGCCAUGCCCCCAUCAGAAUCAUUGCUUCGGACUGAUUCACUGUCCAGCACGGAUCCAGCUCUGUCUGAUGGAUCACUGGUGUCAGCACCAUCACUGGGCCCCAGUCCUGGACCCAGUACCAACAUGGACAUCAACAGAAAUGAGCUAAACCAGACACAGGACAAGAUGCAUCAUGAGUAUUCUGGAGAGAUUACAUGGAAGAAAGAAAUAGAAGAGCCGUUGAACCCUGAAGGCUGGGGCCCUAUGCAGAAACUCUCCAGUUCUGUUGAUGAGAAAGCAUUUGACUUCAAACCAGGCUUCAUGUCCUCUUUUCUGGACUUCCUGAAGACAGGCAAAAAACAGUCAGGCCUUGAACUGGUAGAUGACGGUAGUGAGCAGGAAGCCAUGGACACCUGUUCCUCUCUGAAAGGUGGGAUCAGACCCAUAACCCCUACACCGCCGCUAUCCCCAACUCAGCCACAGCAGCUUCCGGGGACAUUCAGCCAGGAGAGGGAAGGCGAGGGGACUCUCAGUAGUUGCCCAAGUCCUUGUAAACCUCUCGAUGACGAACUGAAAGGGAACCUGGAGGCGCUGCCGUCCUUCUCCUCUGAUGAGGAAGAUUCGGUCAGUAAAAACCAGGACUUGCAGAAAAGCAUCUCAUCUGCUAUCUCUGCCCUCUAUGACACUCCACACUCUCUGGCUGCUGCGAUGGCCUCUGCUAUGGUCAACGUACCAUCGAGUCUCUCUCCCCCAACCCCACAAGAGCCACCACUCAGCCCCUUGCCUCCUGCAAUGCCUCCCCUCGUUCCCUCUACCACGAUGGCUAAUGGCAAAGUUGGGAUGCUCACGUACAAUCAGCUUCAUGCUCCAGAUGAGAACAACUUUGUCUCCUCACAGACCAACGGAGAACAGGAAGAGCAGAGCCAAAGUGAGUCAAGAGGAGAACACAAAGAGGAGGAAGAAGGAGGAGGAGGGGAAACUGCGCCUGAGGAAGAAAUGAAGAGAGAUCCGCAUGAUUCACAGCAGACAGCGCUGGACGAGCUGGAGGUGAAGAAAGAGGACAGAAUGUCUGAAAGACAGAGGUCGGAGGUUUCCAAAGAUUCCCCAUCAAGCCCCGUGCUCGCUCCAGCUCCGCUGUCUGCAUCACCCUCCGUUUCCCCUUCACCACCCACCUACUCUUCAUCCUCGCCGCUCCCUCCUGUGUGUCUUUCUGUCUCUGUGAACUCCCUGCAGUCGAUCCAGCGGGAGGAAGAGGUGGAUCCCCCUUAUCCUCUCUGCAAACAGCAGCAGGCCUCCUACCAAGCAGCUCCAACUGCAGGCACCUCCCCACCCCCCUCCACCUCACCUCCAGCCAUCCCCUCACCCCCCCUUUCCAACCUUCCCCAGAGCCACUCCAUACCCCCACCGUCCACCACACCUCCUCCGUCAUGCUCUGACCAGGACCAGGAACCCGAAGCCGGGCAGGCUUCCCCCUCCUCCCCGUCAUCUUCUUCACCAUCAGCCUCUUCCUCCCCGCCUCCGUCCCCUCCCACUCCAGAGGAGGCCCCAGCAUCCCAGAGACUCACCGCCCUGCACCUGGCCAAGAAACAGGCUGAUGCUGCAAUUGCAGGGGAGAGUGAAGAGGAAGACAGUGAGAGUGGAGGCGAGGGAAUCUUCCGUGAACGCGAUGAGUUUGUUAUCCGAACCGAAGACAUAGGGACACUCAAGAUGGCUUUGCAGACGGGUCGGGAGCCGCCACCAAUCUGGAGAGUGCAGAAAGCCUUGCUCCAGAAAUUCAGCCCCGAGAUCAAAGAUGGUCAAAGGCAGUUCUGUGCAACCAGUAAUUAUUUGGGUUAUUUUGGAGAUGCUAAAAUGCGAUACCAGCGUUUGUAUGUGAAGUUCCUAGAGAAUGUCAACAAGAAGGAUUAUGUCAGAGUGUGUUCCAGAAAGCCAUGGCACAGAACUGGUCUGACUCUGAGGCGCCAGUCGCUACCAAAACAACUACCCACCCUUCACAAUCAAACUCCACCUCGACUGGAGAGAGAUGACAGGGACAAGGACCGACCGAAAGAGAAGGAGCUGAAGGAGAAGAAGGAGAGGGAGCAAAGAGAAAAAGCAGAAAAGGAGCAAAAAGAAAGAGAGCGGAAGGAAAAGGUGGAGAGGGAUAAAAAAGAAGAGGAACAUGAGAGGGAGCAGAGAGCAAGGGACAGGAAAGAAAAGGAGAAUGCAGAAAAAGAAGAGAAAAAUCAGAGAUGGGAUAGAGACCAGAGAGAGAGGAAAACUAAAGAAAAGACAGUGCUCCUCAAAUCGGAGAGUGAAAGAAGAAACAAGGAGAUGAGAGAAUCUGAGAGAGAACAAAAAGAGAGAGAUAAGAGGUGUAGGGAACUAAAGGAGAGGGAGGAACAGGACAGGGUGUGCAAAGGAAGGGAGCGGCAGGAGAGUGAACGCAAGGAAAACGAGAAGCAGGGGAAGGAUAGGGUUAAAGAAAAAGAGAGACUGGGUCCAGAAACAGGAGUCACAGAAAGGGGCAGACACAAGGAGAAACAAAAGGAGUUGGGGAAAGAUACAGGAGCAAGAGAUGUCCUUGAGGUCAGAAGAGGAACAGGGCAAUGUGUGAAGGAGGAAAAAAGAGGAGUUGAGAAGAAGAUGGUGCGUCACUCCAGAGGCAAGAUGACAAUGGACAAGACAGAACCUCCUCCAAAGAAGAGGAAGCAGUGGAUGAAGGAGUUGCCAUCCUCCUCUUCUGAAUCUGAUUCCUCACUUCCCAGUGAAGAUGAAGGACCACUGCGGGUUGGAAUGAAUAGCCGGGCCAUGAGAGAGAUGUUUAGGAGCUAUGUGGAGAUGUUGGUCAGCACAGCGCUCGACCCUGACAUGAUCCAAGCCUUGGAGGACACAGAUGAUGAGUUAUACCUGCCGCCCAUGAGGAAGAUUGACAGUCUGCUUAAUGAGCAGAAGAAAAGGUUGUUGAGGAGAGUCACUAUGAGUGCUCAGCACCAGGAGGCUCUUCAUAUAUUCCCUAAAAUGACAGCAGACCCGCUGGAAUCUGGAACUGUCAAAGUUCGACUUGGUGGUGAGGGUUACAACCGCAAAACUCUCAACCGCGGCAAGAGAAGUAUUCCUAAGCAACAAGAUCUGAAGCUCUCUAUUGAAACAUGCCGUAUCUACAGUCUGUAUCAUUCCCUUCACCACUAUAAGUAUCACACCUUCCUGCAUUGCAAGAAGGAGACAGACAGCAUCGAGCAGGCAGCAGAUGAUCCCGGCCAGGAGGAGGUGGUGCAGCAGUGCAUGGCCAACCAAAGCUGGCUGGAGAGCCUCUUUAAUUCCUUCAUGGAGCUGCUCAGCCUCAGUGGCAAAGCCUGAACAAGGAAACCCGUCCGACCAGUGAAUUUACAAUAUGUGCAUCGAGGACAAGAUGGAGGCUUCCUGAGAAAUCUCACUAUGGUUUGAAGAAGGAACCAUUUUGUUUGAGGAAGGUUUGACAAGUUGAAAAUGUUCAUGUGAAUGUGAAGGAUGUUAGGGGAGCAAAGAUCAUUUGGUCUCUCUCACCACAAAAAAAUCAUGAAGGCCUACUCAGUAUGUGCACACACAGACAAACACACACUGUGUCAAUAAGUAGUUGGUAUUGAUAACUAUGGUUUGUAUAAUUUAUACUAUGACAUUUUUAAAAAAUUAUCAUCCUAAAGGGAUUAAUGGCUGUAAAUAAUUUUUGGAAUAUGUUUUAAAGGGGUAUACAAAAAAUGGCCCACCUGCAGUGUUUGCUCCUCUCAGACCUACACAGGUGAAACUAGGUUUAAAAGUGACUAUGUAAUAGUCUCCUUGUUUCUACCUGCCUCAGUUUGAAAGCGGUUGAGAUUCAGGGGUAAUGUAUUUGAAAUAAACUGUAUUAUUUUGUGUUUUUUUUCUUCAAAAGACAACCACAAAGAAGAUUUUAUUCCUUUAAAAACAAGAAUAAAAAAAAAAAAAACUUUCUUAAAGGAAGUGUGACAUGAAAAGAUCCAAAUGCCUAAAUGUCCGUGUUUAAUGUGUGUCCUUUUUAUCUGUCUGUUGUUGAUUGAUAUUUGCCAUCAUUUGACCUCUCGGAGGAUAUUCUUGCAGAGCAUAUUUGUUGUUAUGAUGUGUAAAUAGUGUACAGCUUCUUCAUUCUCCACUUACAAGUUCCUCUUCUGUACAUGAAAUUCCUGUAUUUGAAAAAAGUAAAUAAAACAGUUCGGAUGACGUGA